AUGGAUGAAGAGGUGUGUGAGACAUCAUUGAUUGUUGAGCAUCAGCUGACAAUGCGGCAUCCAACAUAUGAAAAGGUGUACUCAUAUCAAGGUCAACUUUAUAAAUAUGACGUCACUGAUCCUGAAAAUGCAACACCCAUUCCACCGGAAGAGGUCAUCAUUGCAGAUGGGUGGGAAGAGGAACGUCUUGUGAUUGUAGCCAACAGGAGUCUCCCUGGUCCGCCUAUCACUGUAUAUGAAGGACAGCGACUCGUGGUCCACGUCAUCAAUAGACUCUUCUCUGACACGGUGUCGAUUCAUUGGCAUGGUCAACCACAACAGGGAACUCCAUGGAUGGACGGAGUCGCCUUUGUUACACAAUGUCCAAUUUUGCCUGGUCAAACGUUCACAUACGACUUUCUUGCUCGACCUAAGGGAACAUAUUGGUAUCAUUCACAUGUUGGAACACAGCGUACAAAAGGGCUCUACGGGGCAUUGGUGGUCCGAGACCGAAACAAUGUAAUGGCUGAACACAACUUACUAGUUCAAGGAUGGAACCAUCACUGGUCAGCAGAUAUGGACCAAUUAAAGUAUCAAAUGGGUGGUAUUUAUGAAAAUCGCAUUAAGCGUUCGAAUUCAUUUUUAUUAGAUGGCGAUAUGUUUUCGGCUGUUCUUCUGACAUCAGUAGUCAUAAAUGGCCGAGGGCGUUACUACAGUAACUGGACCACCGAAGAACACAAUGGUACGCCUCUCAGCGUCUUCAGGGUUAAACAAGGAAGGAUGUACAGGUUUCGGGUUAUAAAUGCAGACAUUCUUUAUCCAUUUCGAGUGUCAGUAGAUAGCCAUUCUAUCAGUGUCGUUUCAACAGACGGAUACGAUAUCCAGCCCGUUACAGUCGAAUCUUUCAUAAUUCACUCAGGCGAACGUUUCGACUUCGUGUUAACAGCGGACCAGCCUGUUGGGAACUAUUGGAUUCGAGCACAAUCUCUAGAAAUUGAAAAGGACCGAUUACUUCAUAGAGCAGACGCCAUAUUGCGAUAUGACAACGCACAGGAGAUCGAACCAGUCAGUUCCCCAAACAUUUGUUCAGCCGAUAGCAGAUGUCUUGUCAUUAACUGUCCUUUCCUGUACUACCCAGAGGAUGCCUUUAUAGAUUGUUUAGCAGUUGAUAAACUGACAGCUUUAGCUGAUAAUGAUCCCGCGCCUGUAGCGUCAGAUGGACAGUUAAAGGAGUACUUCCUAAACUUUGCUUUCCCUGGUGUAAAUGGAUUUAGUGCCGCGUCUGUAAAUGGAAGGAACCUGAAACUGCCUCCAGUAUCAGCCCUUACACAGCCAAGUGAGAUAGAGUCUACCUGUGACCGGGUUGAUUGUGGCGAGGAGAAAGAGUGCGAGUGUACUCAUUCAAUAUCACUGAAUUUCGGCGAUGUCGUGCAACUAGUACUGGUCAAUAUGGGUAAAGCUACUGGGGGUUUCCAUCCCAUUCAUCUUCACGGAUAUUCCUUUUACGUUUUGAAAUCGGGCUUUGGUAAUUACAACAGUACGACCGGACGUUACUUGGGUCCAAAAGCCGAGGAAAUAAAUUGCAGAGGCUUUGGUGAUCACACAACAAGUUUCUGUAACUCAGCAACAUGGAGGGACCAAUCCUGGGGAGGAGGUAACAUCCCUAAUGUAAACCUUCUCAAUCCUCCGCGGAAGGAUACACUAUUCGUCCCUGCCGGCGGUUAUGCGGUUAUUAGAAUUAAAGCAGACAAUCCAGGGCUCUGGAUUCUCCAUUGUCAUAUGCAGGUUCACAAUGUUGACGGGAUGGCUGUUCUUCUAAACACUUCUUUUGAUCGGAUACCGAAGACCCCAAUCAACUUUCCUGUUUGCCGCAACUUCCCACCUUCAGGCAGAGGUGAUACCGUACCAUCUACUACACCAACUGCAACCACACUUGAGACAAAUGCAUGUCCUAGAUCGUCAGAGAAUGUUGACACCUGGUAUACCAUCAAGACAUUCUGGGUUACGGUAGCAGUUCUGGUAGUCAUCAUAUUAUUGAUGACUGCCUAUAUCCAGCAUCUACGAAAACAGGUGAAGGAUUCUGAACCGGCUAAGGAAUGUCAAAUACAACAAAUCCAAACUGUUGAAAAAUGGUAAUGAAAUGAACUCUGCGUUUCAGUAAAGAUACUGAUAACCAUCAUAUGUUCACUAGUUAUAACACCCAUGUGUUCACCAAUUAUAUUACCAAGUGUUCACCAAUUAUAUUACCCCUGAGUUCAACAGUUAUAUCGCCCAUAUAUUCACCAGUUAUAUCACCCAUAUAUUCACCAGUUAUAUCACCUAUAUAUUCACCAGUUAUAUCGCCCAUGUAUUCACGUGUUAUAUCACCCAUGUAUUCACCAGUUAUAUCGCCCAUGUGUUCACCAGUUAUAUCGCCCAUGUGUUCACCAGUAAUAUCACCCAUGUAUUCACCAGUUAUAUCGCCCAUGUAUUCACGUGUUAUAUCGCCCAUGUAUUCACGUGUUAUAUCGCCCAUGUAUUCACCAGUUAUAUCGCCCAUGUAUUCACAUGUUAUAUCGCCCCUGUGUUCACCAGUUAUAUCGCCCAUGUGUUCACCAUUUAUAUCGCCCAUGUAUUCACCAGUUAUAUCGCCCAUGUAUUCACCAGUUAUAUCGCCCAUGUGUUCACCAGUUAUAUCGCCCAUGUAUUCACGUGUUAUAUCGCCCAUGUGUUCACCAGUUAUAUCACCCAUGUGUUCACCAGUUAUAUCGCCCAUGUAUUCAUCAGUUAUAUGGCCCAUGU